AUGGGGGUAGGAAAUAAUUCGGUGGUGUCUGAGAUUGUGUUGGUGGGACUCACCAGUUCUUUGGAGAUGCAGCUUGUCCUAUUUCUAGUUUUCUCUGUGUUCUAUAUAACAAGUAUUUUAGGAAACCUCCUCAUUGUGCUCACAGUGAUCUCUGACUCCCAUUUACACUCCCCCAUGUACUUCCUGCUGGCCAACCUCUCCUUUAUUGACAUGUGGGUUUCCUCCAUUGCAGCUCCCAAGAUGAUUUCUGAUCUUUUCAAGGAGAGAAAAGUAAUCUCUUUCCAAGGCUGCAUUGCUCAGAUGUUCUUCAUUCAUGUUAUUGGAGGAACUGAGAUGGUUCUGCUCAUUGCCAUGGCCCUUGACCGUUAUGUUGCUAUAUGCAGGCCUCUCCACUACCUGACCAUCAUGAACUUCAGAACUUGUAUUUUACUCUUGGUAGUAGCCUGGACCAUUGGAAUCAUCCACUCAUUGAUCCAACUUGUAUUUGUUGUAAACCUGCCAUUUUGUGGCCCCAAUGAAGUGGACAGCUUUUACUGUGAUCUUCCUCGAUUUAUUAGGCUUGCCUGCACAGACACUUACAGAUUGGAGCUCAUGGUCACUGCCAAUAGUGGUUUCAUCUCUCUGGGAACUUUUUUCAUUUUGGUUAUUUCCUAUAUCUUCAUCUUGGUCAUUGUUUGGCAACGUUCUUCAGGUGGCUUGUCCAAGGCUCUCUCUACUCUGUCAGCUCACAUCACAGUUGUGGUCUUAUUUUUUGGUCCAUGUAUUUUCGUAUACUCAUGGCCAUUUCCCACAGUGCCGGUGGAUAAGUUCCUUGCCAUUUUUGAUGUAAUUAUUACCCCAUUUCUGAACCCUGCCAUCUACACUUUUAGGAAUAAAGAGAUGAAAGUGGCAAUGAGGAGGAUAUUCAGUCAGGUGUUGAGCUCCAGGAAGCUGUUUUAA